CUAUAGGCUACAUCUGAUUGUUUCCUUGCUGGCAAGUCAUCAGAGAUUGGCAGUUAGUGGCUCAUGAACCAAAUUAUGUUCAUGGACCAGUACUUUGAGAAGCAUUGGCUUAAAGUACAAAAUUUGAAACUUCCCAUCUACAUUGUAGUUCCUUUGCCUGUGUUUCAAGCUUUGCCUUCCUCUUUACAGCAAGAAAACAAAAUUCAGUGGAAGCUGUAAGUCAAGAAAAACAUUGCUGUGAUAAAAAAAAAAACUCAGUUGAUCCUAAUCAGGAAGGAAGCUAACAGACCACACAACGAAGAAGGAUUCUAAGUACCAAGAAGGCGGCAAAACUGAGUCAGACAAUUGUUAGCAAACAUUAUGUUGAAGAUGCCUUUUAAAUGUUGGAAGGAAGAUGUCCUUCAAAAGAUUUCUUGAUGGCUUUGAAGAUAUGAGAUUAGAUCAAGUUGCCAUCUCAGCACAGGGAGUGAAGCAACAAUUGUCAGUCAUGGGGACAAAUAGGUGAUGGAAGAAUGUCUCCAAAACCUCGAGGACAAGGACAAACUGCACUUCCAAGUUCUCUAGUUGUUUCUAGUUUCUUCUCUAAUUAAUCUGACUUUUUCCAUACAAUGAGGAACCUGACACAGCAGGCUAUCUGGUGAAGUCACGAGAAGAAAGGACAAUGAACCAUGACAAGAUCACUUCUAUGACAAGACCUUAACAGAAGAAAGAACUCAAACCUCUUUCAGAAAAGUACUUUGAACACUCAGAUUCUACUCUACCAUUGGGUUCAGUAUCAGCAUAGUAAUGAACCAAGACAAAAUGCAUGGAACAGUCUGCAACAGCACUGAAAGUCAACUCACAUACAUCAUUGAAACCUCUGUUUACAUACCAGCUUUCAUCUGUGGACUCUUAUUAAAUGUUUGGGCCUUGUGGGUGUUCUGCUCUAAACUGAACAAAUGGAGUGAAACUAGAGUAUACAUGACCAAUUUAGCCGCUGCCGACUGUUUAUUCGUCUUGAUGUUGCCUGUCAGGUUAGCUUAUAAGACAAAGUCUGUAAAUACACUGUGUCAUGUCUUGGAGUCUGCAUACUUUGUCAACAGGUACAUGAGUGUCUUCCUGAUCACCAUAACUGCAAUUGAUCGAUAUAUUGCUAUAGCAUACCCUCUUAAAGCAAAGAAUCUAAGGUCUCCUCGGAAGUCAGCUAUUGUCUGUGGAUUUCUCUGGAUCUUGCUUAUAAGUAUAAUAUGUACGGUGAAAUUUGUGGAUGAACGAUCUGAGAAAGAAAUUUGUUUUAUAAAGAUUACCAAAAAACCAUCAGUAUUUCUUUUAGCAUCUGUCAUCUGGGGAUUUUUAAUACCUUUAGCCAUCUUGAGUUUCUGUUCCAUUCGAAUCACAACAAAACUCAUAAAGAAGAAAAACACCCAUCCACAAGAAGUAAAGCUCAUCCAGAAAGCAAUCAACAUAAUUUUUGCAAAUAUGGGGGUGUUCUUCGUAUGCUUUUUACCCCUUCAUGUGGCACUCUUCAUUCGAUUCAUUGCUGAUUUCAGAAAAGCCAGCUGUGCUGAAAUGGAAAAUAUUGAAUUAUUUGUCAGCCUGGCAGCUAUUCUUGCCAACACCAACUGCUGCUUGGAUGCCAUUUGUUAUUACUUUGUAAACAAGGAAUUUCAGGAGGCUUCCCUGAAACUAUCCACCAAGUAUUUAUCACAUCUAAAUCAAGAAUCUGAAAAACAGGACUCUGGAAAUAUUUAGGUUUAAAAAGCAGUCAAAUAAUGCUGAGAUCUGAAAACUCAUCCUCAGCUGCUGCUUCUAGUCUCGGAGAGGGCAUCUACACUGCAGCAUUAAUGUAGCUUGACACCAGUUUAACUGCCAUGGGUCAAUGCUACAGAAUCUUGGAUCUUUUUUUUUUUUUUUACUUUGCAGAGGCACUGGCAUUCACUUGUGAAAACUACAAUUCCCACUAUUCCUAUGACAGUUAAAGUGAUAUCAUACUGCAUUAAUUCUUUAGUGCAGGUGCACCCUAGGAUUUGAUUGUCGUGUUUUAGGACAUUUGAGGCCCAAGAAGCUUUUUUCAAGCUGGAAUGGACUUCAAUGUCUUGGGAAAUCUUCUGGGAGAAAGCGCCGCUUGAUGUUUUCUGAGAUAUGUUAGCAGAUCUAACCAAAUCUAUUAUAAUCAAGCCCAAAAGAUUCACUGCAGAUUCCUUAAAAAUCAGUAACAGAUUGCAAAGAGAAUCUUGCCAGUAUUGGCUUGCCAUAAUAUAUUUGGAUUUGUUGUUUUAUUUCUUACCUUACAUGUAAUUCCUUUGCCAUGCAUGAAUUCGUGUUCUAGCCAUCUUUGAUUAUUUCCAAGCAGUUACAUUGUAUGAACAUGUUUUAUAAUGGGCAUUGUGUCAUAAAUAAAACUAAUUGAUCAACUUCAACCAAAUUGUAAACCCACUCUGUUUAUUGACAAAGAAAUGUAGCCCUUUGUUAUUGGGAAGCAUUGGGAAGAAACUAAAAAGAACCAGAAAGAAAGAUCCAAUAAUGAAGUCUAACCCCAAUCAAAACAAUACCUCUAAAUUUAAUAUCCAUGAUUAUCAGAUCUUCCCCUGAUAGUAUUUCACUGCCCGGAUCUCUUUGGUGUAGGAUAGGAUAGAAAUGUUUUAAUAAUUAAAGUUAUUGAUUUUCUAAAAAUGCAAAAAACCGCAGUUUCAUCUUUGCAGUUAACCAUUCUCUGUGAAAUAUACUGUAAGUCUGAACUCGGGUGAUUCAAGGAUAAUUCUUGAUUUUGAAGGUGUGAGAUUAUACAUAAUAAAUGCAUUCACAGACUCAAAAAGCACGACUUCAUAGGCUUAAAGUUCCUAAGGUGGGGCAGUGUUGAUGCACCCUCGGGUAGCUAAAAAUCUUCAUAAAGCAAAUGUAAUAUACAAAUAGUACAAAAUAAUAAUUCUAAAAUCACAGACAUAUAAAGAUUAAGCAUUCUCCUGUCCAAAAUGCUCGGGAUCAAAAUGUUUCGUAUUUCGUAAUUUCUUUCCUAUUUUUGAAUACGUAAUAAGUUAUCUUGAAGUCUUAACAUGAAAUUUAUGUUUCAUAAACACUUUAUAUACAUACCUGCAGAUUAUUUUAUACACAAUAUUUAAAUUGUUUUGUACAUGGAAUAAUAAUGGGUUACUUAUCUGUAAUCAUGUUUCUUUUAGUGGUCAUUUGUGAAAUUCACACAUAUGGAUAUGCGGAUUUCACAGAGACCACAAAGGAGAAAUUUUGUGUAUACUGAACCACCAGAAUUCAAAGGUAUCAGACAGACUGGAUUCUGGGGUACAGUAGAGUCUCACUUAUCCAACAUAAACGGGCCGGCAGAACGUUGGAUAAGUGAAUAUGUUGGAUAAUAAGGAGAGAUUAAGAAAAAGCCUAUUAAACAUCAAAAUAGGUUAUGAUUUUACAAAUUAAGCACCAAAACAUCAUGUUAUACAACAAAUUUGACAGAAAAAGUAGUUCAUUACACAUUAAUGCUAUGUAUUAAUUACUGUAUUUACGAAUUUAGCACCAAAAUAUCACAAUGCACUGAAAACAUUGACUACAAAAAUGCGUUGGAUAAUCCAGAACAUUGGAUAAGUGAGUGUUGGAUAAGUGAGACUCUGCUGUAUUUUGGAUUUUGAAAUCUCAAGCUAUAACACAGUAGAAUCAACAGCAAGAAUCGGCAGAUAGGCAAGUGCUUCAUUUGUUUAUCUCAUGAAUUAUUUUCAGCUGAUCCUUAAAUAACAAUAAAAAGGGUAACUGUUAUGACCCCAUUCCAAUGAGAGAGACUGCCAGAGCUAGUUUCUGGUAUUAUAUGUUCCUUUUGUGUGGUAAAUGAAUGUAUGGUGGUAGAUAUGGUUUGAACAUAAGGAACUAUUGUCUGGGAAUGGAGUUCUAAGUUUAUUUUGAGCUGACCAAAAAGUAAAGGAAAAUGCAUCUUCUUGCAGUGGCACACUGAUUGGAUUACACAUUGGUGGCAUCUAUGUGCUGAAUGUUGUUCCAGUAAUAUAAUUUAUGUCAUACUAAUGUAAACUGUAAUGUAAAAAUCUCAUUUAGCCAAUAUGAAAUUUUAAAAAUCAUGCAUGCCUUUUGACACUGAAAAUGUGUGAACUGUGUAUUAAUGGACCAAAGAAAUAAAAACCAAUCAUCAGUAAGAUUACAAAUCUCCAAAUAGUUGUAAGGCUGCAGCUAACGUAGCGGUUAAACUGCCAGCUACAGAAGAUCUUGCUAGUUCGAGCCACGGACAGAGUGAACUCCCACCAUUAGCCUAGCUUUUGCCUAUCAGCAGUUAGAAGACAGCAAUGUGAGUAAACAAAUAGGUACCGCUUUAGCAGGGAGAUAAAAGGGGCCCCUGAAAAACAUGCUGGCAGUUCAAUCGACAGGCUCCUCGAUGUGGAAGAAUGGAACAACAGCACCUCCCCAUGGCCGUCGAGCACAGCCUCCAGAUGUCGGAAAUGAAAGAGGGCAGCCUGCCUUUGUUUAUGUAUUGUAUGUCUUUGUCAAUUGUAUAAUGGCAUUUAAUGUUUGCUAUAUAUGUACCUGUAAUCUGCUCUGAGUCCCCUCAGGGAAAUAGAGUGGAAUAUAAAUAAAGUAUAUUUAAAUGGAAAUACAGAGAUACAAUAAACCAA